AUGGAAGACCCGUCGGUGUCUACAACCAACGUCCCAUGUAAUGAUACUAGUGACAGCGAAGAUACCGAGGUGAUGAUAUCCAGAAGAGGUGUUCGUCCUGUCGGCGAACUGCAGAAGCAUGGAUUGAGGCCCGUCUGGACAGGAUCUCGAGGUUAUCCCGCAGAAGUUAUACCAGACGACAUCGCUGAGUGGCUCGAUGAUCAAGGAAAGCGUCGUUCCGCACAGUAUAUAGGGCCCUUGAAGAGCCUUUUCUGGCUUGCAGGCUAUGAUGAACUCGUGCGAGCCGUCGACGACCCCGCCUAUACCAUCGAAGAUGAAGUUAGAGUCGUCCUGAAUGGGGUGGACAUUGGUUGGCUCCUGGAGGACUACCUGGAGGAAGGCAAAAUUCCUCGGCAGCUGUAUAUGCAAUACUUGGACUAUGCCUCUCCUCCAUCCUGGCUUUUGCCGGUUAUUAUCUCUCGGCUCAACCUCAUUCCCCAGGCCGUCACCACCGAUCUGCGUUCUCACAAUAUCAGAACCCUCUACCCACUGAGCCGUCCUCAGUAUCUUCCUAAUAUUGUCAAGAGUGUCAAGGUGAAGUGGGAGAGAAGGCCAGAGAAGUUUCUCCGGAAGAUCGAGGAGAUAGCUCCUGAUCUCCUUGAGGGACACAAUGUAUGGCUGCGAGGGCUGUCUAGAACCGCUUUGAUGUGCACUCUUGCCUUUCUUAUCCCUUCUGUGUCCGACAAGGCUUUCCAAACAGAAUUCGGUCCCGGCUUCUACACGACAAAUGAUAUGAAAUAUGCUUUCGACUAUUGCUCCCGUAACGGCGCAAUGAUGGUGUUUCAGAACCCUGACCUGCGCAACCUAAAUGUAUGGGAGCCAACAGAGAACGAGUGGAACCAGCUGGUUGCAACCUGGAUCCAGCUACCGCUGUCCGGGGUCAUUGAGGAUAUGCCGGCUCGGUAUAGUGAUGCGGAUAUCAUCCGUAGUCCCAUCUCAUCUGCGAAAGACACCGCACGGGAGAUGAACGCCUUCCCGAAACGCGGCAAGGAGGAGCAGCUGGUUGCCGUUAGCUACGACGGCUGCAGGGCUCUCUCGCGGUCGCUAUCCACAAUCAUCUACUUCGACUCUUGCUGA